AUGGAAAAGGCUGGGUACCAAAUUGUGCCUAAGUUCCACUUAUCAUCCGCAAUCCGAUGGGCAAACAGAAGUUGUAAAUCGUACUUUGUGAAUCAUGCAACGGUGUCUAGUCCAAAUCACCUAAGGCAGUGGGAAGAGAUGUUAAGCUCCGCUGAGUUGGCUUACAACUCUAUGAUCAAUCACUCGACUGGUAAGUCUCCUUUCAACAUAGUUUAUACUAAUCUAGCAUUGGAUGUUGCAGUUCUCCCCAAAUACCAGUCCGAACCUGCUUCCAACUUCACCAGAAACUAUUCUCAAAUGUUAGAAGAGGUUCGUAAGCAACUCAUAAAGUCUAACCAAUCAUAUAAAGCUGCUGCAGACGUUCACCGACGACAAAAAUUAUUCAAUGUAGAAGAUCUAGUGAUGGUUCACAUGCGUCGUGAACGCUUUCCCCCGGGCACUAAUUAUUCCAAACUGCAUCGCCGAAAGAUUGGUCCUUUGCUGAUCAUUGCAAAAAUAAAUGACAACGCCUAUACUGUGGAAUUACCUGCCGACACUCAGACAUCCCUGACUUUCAACGUUUCAGACAUUUGGCCUUACCACUCUCACGAUGACGCUCCAAAUAUUACAAUCAGCUCGUCGGAGUCGAGCUCUUCUUCUGCAGGCGAAGACUGA